AUGGCUAGUGAACGAGAGAGUGAGUUGUAUGUAAAUGUGGUGACAGAUGAUGGAUGUCGUGAUCGAGUGGAUGAGAUGGAAGAGAAAGGACGUAGUAUUACGCCCUGUACGCAGCUACAGUUGGAUGAGUAUCAUCAAGAUGAUGUCGAGUAUACAAGUGUAUUAUUAUACACGAGACCAGUGGAGAUUACAUCACCUGCGUCAUCUAGUAGUAAUGGUUCUAGUGUGGAGUUGUAUACGACAGGAACAGAUAAACAUAUACGAAAACAUGGUGCAGAUAGAAGACCAAUACCAGCUGCUGCUCCAAUGUCAGGUACAGCGACGGAAACUGACUCUGAUUUGGAAGAAAGUCACAGUAAUCCAGACAAAGAUAAGGAUCAUGGGGUACAAGAUGUGAGUGAUAAAGAAGAUAAUUUACGUGAUGCUGGUUUAGAUACGAAAGCGAAGAUUAAUGAGGAGUGUAAAGAGCUUGAAGAUGCGGGACUGACAGAAGCGAAAGACCGAGAUCGAUUUAAAUUAGCAAUUGCACUGGAUUUUGAGACAGACACGAAUGCGGCAAUGAAUCUUGAUCGACCCAGUGCCACACGGCAGACGUCCAGUAGCUUUUCAGAUUUGGGAGAUUAUGAUGAUUUUUCGUUCACAGAUGCGAUUACAAUACCAAGUGGUGGAGGUACUGGUAGUGUCGAGAGUAACAGCAAUGCUGGUACACCUACGACGCUUUGUCCUAUUUAUGGAAAUGAUUCUUUUCGGUUCACACAUGCGAGUGUGAGUAACUGUGGCUAUGGCAGCUACGAUGCCAUCAGUAAAAUUUCUAGCUCCUAUACCAACAGUCCGGCGAGGAGCGCACGUAGUGCGAAUUCACCAACGAUGUUGCGUCUUGAUAACUGUAGUUACAAUGGAGGGAGAAUCACGCCCACGUUCCAAUUGACACAGCCGGCAGAUGAGUCGCAGCCUUUAAUUGGUGAUAUCUACCCGGUAUCUGGAGAGGUAGUUCGUCUGCGCGCUGACAAUGCAGCAUAUAUUAUCUUUUACAAGAGUGAAGAUAGUGGUGAAGAGCAGAAUUUAAAACAUGAAAUGCUUGCCAUGUCCUCUUCAUCCGAGGAUGACGGUGAUGCAAAUGAGUGGGGUGAGGAAGCUUCUGGAAGAGUCGCUGGUCCCCGUUCAUACGCUUCACUAGGUGCUGCAGGUCACAAGGUGCAAACUGACAACUGCUUUACACGAGACUAUAAUCAUCCGACGCGGUCUUUGGGCAGAGGCUUGUUUCGUGCGUCCACAAGUGUUGGCAGUGCAUUUCUUAAGGGUGCAGCCGGUCUGGUGAAUAAAACGUACCAGGGCGGAGCAAGUGGUGGUGUAUUUGGAUUUGCGAAAGGACUUGGCAUGGGCAUGCUAGGCCUAGGAACACAUACAGUGAAAGGCGCGUUUCGAGGAGUGGGGCAGGUGACGCAUUUGGUUGGCGAAAUGGUGUUGGGUACAGCGCCGCAUUUUAGUAUUGAUGGCACGUUGGUGCUAACUAAUUACCGUAUCAUUUGGCAAGCGCUUAGCACAAAAGAUGCGAUGGAAAUUCCUUUGGCGUCUAUCUUGUCCGCCGAAAGCUCGACCACAGCUCCCCACGUCGCUAACAUUGAAGGCAAACAUCUUAUGCGCACCUCAUUGGCAUUUCAAUUUGAAGCUACAUGCUCAGAGUUCUUAAGCUGUAUCUGGGAGCUUUACUCGGUCGGCGUUUCACCUCCCCAUUAUUUGUUUGCACACUUACACUACCAGGCACUGCGGCACAAGGAACAGGAGACGACAAGCGGAACGGGUCUUGAGACACCAAAUGAUUCGCUUUACAAUGCAGAGGAGGAUUAUCGCCGACUAAAGCUGCUAGACGAAGAUUGCUGGAUGCGGUUGUACGACAACUCAGAGUACACUAUGUUUCCAUCGUACCCAGAUGUGUUUCUGGUUCCUUCAGUGCUGGAUGAGAACGAUCUCCAAGAGCUAAGCGCGUAUCGCAGCGCAAGUCGCAUUCCUGCGGUAGUGUGGCGUCAUCCGCACACAGGGGCGCUUGUUUGUCGAUGUGCUCAGCCUUGUACAGGGUUAAGUGGAUACGUUGUAGAGGCCGACCAAAAACUGGUAUCGGCACUGCAGCAUGCAACGAGCGCGUACGGUGAUGCAAAGUUUCACUUUUUCGACGCAAGAAGCCAAAUGGCAGCAGCAGCCAACUCGGCACAAGGCAAAGGCACUGAAGACCCACGGAACUAUCCAAACACGGAGCUUCACUUUUGUGAUAUUGCGAAUAUCCAUGCUGUGCGCUCAUCAUAUGCAUCGCUAGCGUCAGUAUGUCAGCCUGGCCAGGAUCGUGAAAGUAGUGGGUGGCUAUAUCAGUUGCGAAACACCUUUUGGUUUCUGCAUUUGUCAAGUAUCCUUACGACAUCGCAGGAAAUUUGUCGGUAUUUGUGCCAGAGUGAGUCUGUGAUGAUUCACUGCAGUGACGGAUGGGACCGUACUCCACAACUUACGGCUAUGGUGCAGCUGUUACUGGAUCCGUACUACCGGACAGUAAAUGGUGUGAUGCAGCUCAUCGAAAAGGAGUGGUGCUCUUUUGGACAUCUCUUUCGGUAUAGAUACGCUCAGGGUGACGGGCCAGGCCAGCAAGAAGUUGAGGAACAGUCUCCCGUGUUCAUCCAGUGGCUGGAUGCAUUGUGGCAAAUUUGGCGCCAGCAGCCAUGGGCGUUUGAGUUUAACGAAAUGCUGCUGUCGGUGCUGUAUGAGCACGUAUUCUCUGGAUUGUAUGGAAACUUCCUUUACAACAGUCAGCGCCAGCGAAAACAAGAAGAGGCAAGUGCACCAACACGGUCACUGUGGUAUGUUCUACUGGAACAAAUGGACAAGUACGUGAAUGUGGAAUAUGACAGCGCGAAGAAUUUUAACAGCAUUGGAUUAGUUCUUCCUUUUUCGUCAGAGGAAAACGACUUGGUGAUGUGGGAAAAUCAUUUUGUUUAUGCUGACCCUGUCUGCCGGAAAUACGAAUGA